AAGGGGCCGAAGGUGACAGACGGAACCUACACACAAAAAAAGGAAAUUAAACUACAAAUUCAUAGUUAUCAGAUUGCAAAAAUAUUAUGUCUUUAUGGAUAAGUUCACAAACGGAAAGUAAGCCGCCAGUGAAAAGUGGCGGCAGCAGGACACGAUUUUUGCUCUUGUUGUUUGCUUCUUUCGCCGCACACAAAACUUCCAGUUUAUUCAAAGUUACAGGACACGCCGUCCCGGCAACCAGGACAUAUUUUCCAUGGCAACUGGGUCCCUUCGUGUUCGCUGCACUGUCAGCAUCAUUAUGGCUAAUAAACAUUGCCAUUUGCGGCUGGCCAACACAGCGAGAUUCAAGAGGAGAGGACGAGUGCAGGUCGGAAAGGGUCUUUCGUCACCCGGGGACUCAAACAGGAGGAGAGUCAGUAGAACUGCAAGUGGGUAAAGGUCUUCAAAAGAAACAAAUGACCAAAAUUCUUAAAGAUAGUAUUUAUGUAAAUCAACUUCCGCGCAUUACAGCAAGUCAUUCAGCUUUUUAAGUCAAAAUAAGAAUAAGGCCAAACAUUCAACGGUUAAAGUGCAUCGGAUGACCAAAGGGCCAUGAUUACCAUGCAGAGCUCUAACUUUCCUGAUGAAUUACCUGCUAAUUUAUCACCUGGAUUUUUGUGACCCUUGUGCAGAUGGAGGCCCAGAGCACUCGCCUUAGUUAUUAUUUUCCAUUCAGAAUUGAGGUACCAGAAUUCGAGUCUUCAUCCUUGCCACAUGCUCAUGCAUCAAGUGUGGGCAGACCUGCAAAUUGUUUGUAAAUAAACUGGGCGAGAGUCUGGGCAUAAUGCAUUGAGUAUCUGAACGCAUAAACAAGAGCACAUAGACAAGAGCAGCUUAAGACCAUGUUUAUGCAUAAACAAAUUAAGUUUUCAAAGGCAAGAUCCCAAAUGGAAGGAGGAGUUGAAAACAGCAGCUGAUGCAGCAACUUUCUUUAUGGAUUUCAC